CACGACCUCGAUCACGUCUACCCGGUACAUAACAAAUUAUUGUACUAUAUUAUUGUUGUCAAGUUGUUUGUUGUUGUUAUUAUUGCGUUGUUGCUGCCAUCGACCAUUGCGAUUGCUUUGACGUCCGGGUCCCCGUCACUCCGUCAGUCCGUUUCCACCAGUAACUCAGUACAUUGCCAUUCGCACACACUGUUCGAUAAUCUGCACGUUCACCAGUCAUCACUUAAUUUUCGACCGCGUUAAAUACUCGAAUAGUACACGCCAUCACUUUGUCCGCGUUGUUCAGUCCCCGACAAUAAUUGUCCGUAAAUUGUUACUGCUGAACAUCACUAAUUUUUUGUCGCCAUGGAAGACGAAUCCAAACUCAAAGCCGGACAUGCCCAAGCAGUAAAAGCCGGCGGCAUGCGCAUCGUGCAGCACAAGAACAUCAAUCCGAACGUCGACAAGAACUCCGCCGCCGAUGAAGCCAACUCGGUGUUGAAAGUCUCGACAAGUCCGCCCAAGCAGUCUGUGGUGCCGGUGCACGCUCACAACGAUUAUCCAACUCAGGCCGUCCAGAAAACUCACGACAAGCCGAUGCCCAGCCAUGAGAUGAGACAGCACACGAGCACGAAGCCGACCAUCCACCAGCCACGCAAAUGAACUCCGCAGCGCCGACACGCACACAAGACUGGGUUCGGGGCUAUACGUCGUUCGACGUGUUCCCGGAUUAUUCUUAAUCUUUAUUAAAUAUUAUUACAACUCUAAGCACAUUCGAAACUAAAUCGAUUUUUAUCCAUAAGGCUUAAGUUAAGGCCAUAAGUUUUUGCAUUUAUAUUAUAAUAAUUUUUCAUCUUCUCCUACCUAUGACAUUUCUCGUCUUAUCCAUUCCAUUACAAUAUAAUAUUAUUUUAUAUCUAUUUUUAUAUAUGUAUAACCGUUAUUGCAUUUUGGAAUGUUUAUUUGGCGUCGUGUUCGGAAAUUAAUGGGCUGUAUACAGAUUGCGAUUACGUUUCAAAUAAUUAAAUCCAGAUAAUAAAUCGAUUGAUUUUAUUUUUA